GAACCCACCACGGCACACUGCGAAAGGCACCUGCGAAGCGACGGUGCCCCUGAGAUGCAUAAGAGGCAUGUGGGAGAGGAACGACACAUAGCGAACACCCUCUUCGUGUGCCAGCAUUGCCACCCGAAUCAAAUAGAGUUUAUUCGGCACCAAUCACCUCUUCUGUUUCUCCAUAUACUCCCCUUUACUCGACAUUCUUCCAGCUCUUAUUGAAUUUACUAUAGAGGAACAACACGAAUCCGCCAUCAUGACGGUGCACCUGGAUGACUGGUCGCUCUCCGGGCUUAGCGGCGCCAUGGAUUGGACCGUGAUACUGCCACCUGCCGUCUCGGGCGGCACAGCAUCGUCCUCCAGCACCGUUGAGCAGUCUCACUUCUAUCCCGCGCUGUACACCGAACUCACCCCCACCGUGCUCACCGGCAGCGAGUCCGCCUCGACGACAGCGGCAGCGGAACCGCUCGUGUACGCGCGCGUGUCUUCUAUCGUACGCGUGGAAAAGGUGGGGCCGCGACAGCUGCGACUUCGUCAGCAACUGGGAUCUCCAGGCUCGCACCGCCUUCUUUUUCUGACAGCGUCGUCGGCGACGGCGUGCGACGAGUGGUGGCGGGUGCUGCACCGUCUCACGUACAACAAUGGCACCGUCGACAACAGCACCGUCGACGCAACGUCCAACAGCGGGUUGGGUGAGGGCGUUGUACGGAGUCGAAACAGUUCUGACGGUGGUAAGGAUGACGAACCGUGGCGGCAACGGAGGGACAGCGGCACCCAAAGUGAGGACGCACCAAAACCACGCGCUGAGGACGUUAACGACGAGUCGACUUGGAGAUCAUCAGCGCCGCCGUCACGGGAUAUCAACGACGUGUCGGAGCUGAAGCAUCUUUUACUCUCUCCCACGCCCCCCUCUACGCUGUCUGCGGUGCGGCCCUCGCUGCAUCUCUCGGCACAGCCACCAAGAACACCACCGCCACCGCCACCAUUUUCGACUCCUUCGUCGCAGAUCACUUCGCAAAUUCUCCGCCAACCAGCCACGAGUGCACCUCCCUCUUCCUCUACUGCGGCGUCUCUCAGCGCCUCCACCAUUGACACAUUGACGGCAACAUCCUCUUUACAUGCCUUGGCAGCAACGGCGGAGGCCGACGCUGCGGCGGCCAAGAAGCAGCGCCACUUUCACCGUCGCCGCCACCGCCAAGUAAACCCCGCAGCGGCUACUUCUGCUUCUGCGGGUGCUGCGGUGCUCCCGCCUUCACGGGCACCGGGACCUCCGCUGGUCGUGCUACGUGCGACCCGCAGCGAGGCGACGCAGACAAGAACAGCAGCUCCGGUGACUGCUGUGCCUGGGCCUGCCAAACCAGUGGUGGCACCUCCACUCAAUUCGCUUGUGGAAGAUGAGAACAGGGAGGAGGAAGCGGCAGCGGCGAGGUGGACAACGGCCACUCCACGAAGAGGUAGCGAGCCGCCACCAUCACGAUCAACGUCAUCAACAUUAGCCGCACAGACGAAGUCUGCGCAGCUGCCCUAUACGCGAAAGGAAUCCUUCUCGGCCACCCUGUCGAAUCCCUCCGCAACAGAGGAACAGCCAACACCCCCUCCUCGAGUAGCGAUAGAUGCUGUUCGCAGCGAGGCGGCUCCGUUCUUUACAGCGGACGGAAACGUCUUUGCCGAUGCCGCCACUGCGGCGUCAGAGUCACGACGCUAUCUGGAGCCGACGGAGCUUCAAAUGGAUGUGAAGGGACACUCCGCGUCUCCACUGCCUGAACAAAACAAUUCGCUUUCGGUGCCUGCAUGGAAGGCAACGAGUGCUCUCCGAGCAACAACGACGGCGAGAGACUCUCUCCUGUACGAGCCCAUCCACAUCGACACUGCCGCAGUACCGCGCGCCCGCAGCACCUCACCGCCGGCGCUGGCUGCAUGCCACCUGAACACACGCCCUCUCUCCAACUCCACUGUGCGUCCUUUGAGCUGGUACGGCCAUGGCGUGGCGCCUUCAUACACGCCGCGGCUUGCCUACAGCAGUCCGUUACCCUACAGUCGCGGAGAGAACACGGGCUCGCUGCUUCACCCCUACCACGACUCGGGCGGCAGCAGAUGGCGUCAUUCUUCUUCACCGUCUUCACCGGCUCGACGUGAUGGGCGUCGGCCGCACCGCCGCCGGAGCCCCAACGCGCUCACCGCGAAACCCAGCAGCAGCAGCAGCCGCCUUCUCCGCAGCCGCUCCGCCUCCCCCCUCCGUCGCCCCAGCGCGUUUGACGUUUCGCCGCUGCUUUCCGUCAUCGCAACACCGCACCUAUUUCUGAAGUACCCAGUGCAGACGUCGUCUGCAGGGAGUAAUGGCACGCCUGCCUCUGCUGUGCCGCACGACGACAGCACGGCCACCUACGUGUUUGUCACCACCGACGAAGACUGCGUCGUGACCGUGCCUGCGGGUCGCUUCAAGGAAUGUGUGGCGGAUGCGAAGCUGCUGAAGGAGCAUGCGGCUCUCCACAACCACCGCAGCCCCGGUUCUUUUUCGAUGCCGUCCAUGCCCAUCGGUGUGCGGAGUUAUGAGCGCGCCAAGCACUUCUUUGGCGAGGAUCACUGCCGCGCCAUUCGAAUGACCGAUGUGGAUCGUGUCACGCGUGGCAACGAAGAGCCACUCAUUCUCCUGAACCGUGUGCAGCGGGAGCGAUUCCGCGAUGCAUCGAAGCUGGUGUGCAUCAUCUCUCCCACACACGCUUUUCUAGUGGAAGCGACGAACUCGACUGAGGCGGAGUGGUACGUGCGCAGCUGGAAGAAGUACCUCCGCGCCCGCCGUAAACCACGCAGCAAUCUGCGUGACAUCGGAUACUAA